CACCGCUGCCUACUCGUAUAGCAGUACUCUUCCAAGCUCUAAUCACUUCCGAAUACAACACCUCUCUCUUCAACUCAAAUUACUCAAACCAAAUGGCUCCCACACUCGCAGAACCCUUCAACGAUUCCUCAGCUCUUACUGAUUUCGUUAUUAACAAAGGUAAUGGAGUGAAGGGCCUGUCCGAAAUGGGUCUUACAGCCCUCCCUAAGCAAUAUAUCCAACCUUUGGAAGAAAGGAUGUGCAUGACCAACAUCAAUAUUCCCCAAGAAUCCAUUCCCAUUAUUGAUAUGUCAAACUGGGAAGACCCCGAAGUGGCCAAAUCAAUUUGUGAUGCUGCCUCGGAAUGGGGCUUCUUCCAGAUUGUUAACCAUGCUGUGCCUGUUGAAGUGCUAGAGAAUGUUAAAGACGCGACGUAUAGGUUCUUUAGCCUACCGGCUGAGGAAAAAAAUAAGUAUUCUAAGAAGCAUUCCUCUUCAAACAAUGUGCGAUUUGGCACAAGUUUUAGCCCUCAAGCGGAGAAGGCUCUUGAGUGGAAAGAUUACCUUAGCCUCUUUUAUGUCUCAGAAGAAGAGGCUUCUGCCUUGUGGCCUCCUGUCUGCAGGGAGCAAGUGCUAGAUUACAUGAAGAAGUCCGAAGUUGUUAUUAAACAGCUGCUAGAUGUGCUAAUGAAGGGUUUAAAUGUGAAUGAAAUUGAUGAAACAAAAAAAUCAUUGUUGAUGGGUUCAGUGAGGACUAAUCUUAACUACUAUCCCAAAUGUCCUAACCCUGAAUUUACGGUUGGAGUAGGACGUCACUCUGAUGUCUCGACUCUUACAAUUCUUCUUCAAGAUGAGAUUGGGGGACUUUUUGUAAGAGGAAAUCAGGGUGAUGACUGGAUUCAUGUUCCUCCAAUUAAGGGUUCCCUAGUGAUCAAUGUUGGAGAUGCAUUGCAGAUAAUGAGCAACGGCCGAUAUAGGAGUGUUGAACAUCGUGUGGUUGCCAAUGGAAGUAAGAACAGAAUUUCCGUCCCCAUUUUUGUCAAUCCAAGACCUGGUGAUGUGAUCGGACCUUUGCCUGAAUUGACCGCAAGCGGUGAGAAAUCAAUUUACAAGCAAGUUCUUUAUUCAGAUUACGUCAAACAUUUCUUCCAGAAGGCACACGACGGGAAGAAAACAGUUGCAUUUGCUGAAAUAUAAUCAUAUGUUUUUUCCCUUCAUCCAUUGUAAGUUUGUUAAUUUGCUGAAGAAAAUGGCUGAUAAGAAUAAACUGUAAGCAUAAAGGGAAUAUAACAAUAUGCUUCAGUAUAUUAUAAACUAGCCAUUUUGUGCAAAAGAUGUAAUUUUGUACAAGACCCAAUAUAGACUUCUUUCAUUAA